AUGGCCCCAGAUUGGUCUUCUAUUCCAGUUGAUCUCUUGAGGCUUGUUGCAAACAAAGUCCACUCACUCGAAGACUAUGUUCACUUUGGAGCAGUUUGUUGGUCAUGGUACCAUGCCGCCACUUCUCCUAAGAACAACAACCUCAAAUCCUUAUUUCCUUGGGUGAUGCUUGCUGACAGAGAAAACAAUGACUCGCGUGGUUUUUACAGCUUGUCUAGCAACAAAGUUUACGAGUUUGACUUGCCAGAGAUUGUAGGAAAACGUUGCUGGGGCUCUCCAUUUGGUUGGUUAGUCAUUGCUGGUACUGACAAUAUGGAAAUCCAACUAUUCAACCCCUUAUCAAGAGCCAGUAUCUCUCUCCCCUCACAGACCACUUUCAUGGGUAAUGAGAACGAAAAUUCUAUUAUGCAUUAUUGGUCUGUGAACAAGGUAGUCAUUUCGUCAAAUCCUCCUAAUUGUAUAGUUAUGGCUAUUUAUUCAUGCUAUACAAAGUUAGCAUUUGCAAAGCCUGGUGACCAUGUUUGGUCCAAAAUUAGACUAGACAAUACUAUUGGUACUGGAUUCUCAGACAUCACAUACUUUAAUGGAGAUUUUUUCAUAGCAAAAUUCACAGGACAACUCUUGGUUUGUGAUUUUUCUGGCAUUGACCCAGUGGCAAUAGAAUUUGCACCAUCACCUCCUGGAGUGGCAGACGAGGCUAGGUAUCUACUGUAUCUUCUGGACUUGGGAGGUGAACUUUGUAUGGUAUUUCGUUACUUUGAUGUGAUUGAGACUAUAAACAAUAUAUCUAUGAAGACAAGGUCUUUUGAAGUGUAUAAGCUUGAUAUGAACACUAAGACUUGGAAGCAAAUGGAUUCAUUGGGAGAUUGGUCCUUGUUUGUGGGAAAUAACUACACUUUCUCUGUUCGGGAUUUUGGCUAUACUGAUUGCAGGUCUAGUUGCAUAUACUUCACUCAUGACUAUUGCCAAUGUUCUGACCAAAUUAGUGGCAAUGAUUCUGGAAUCUACAAUUACAAGGGAGAAUUAGAUGGUCCUAUGAAAAAGAAGUGGCGUUGGGAAGAUGAUUGCAUUGGCUUUAAUGCAAAAGACCUCAAGGAUGUACUUCAGUCCCACGAAGAUGCAUUGGUGAUAACGCUGCAGGUUAGAGGUUAUGAUAUUGGAAAGGUUCUGGUGGAUUAA